CUCAUUGAAGAAAAGGUGAGUGCGACUGAUGGCGACUCGGCUUGAUGUUAGUUGGUAAAAACAUCGAUAGCUUCAAUUAACUUAUUAUCAUCGUUAAAAAUAUAAUAGAUUGAUCAUUUCUGUUAUUAAUUUUGUUUCAUAUCAUUCAAUAAUCAACUUCAUUUGGUGUUUAAACAGUCAUUUUUGCUUUUUUUGUGUGUAUUUACAAUCAACAGCAGAAGAGACCUACUCUUGUAGCUUGUUACAUUCAUUUUUGUUUUGUCUUUUUGUGCUCCUAUUUUCUUUUCUUGCUGUUUCUCGUUAUUAAGAUUAAUAUUUAUCAUUUAACCAUUUCUUAUUAAGAAUUUGAAAUUUAACUACCUUGAAUCUAAAUCAAUCUCGGUUGAUAUGCCUGCUCGUCGGAAACAUUUCAAUAACCGUCAUGAUCCUGUCCCAAGAGCUCGGAGUCAGAGAAAGAAAAUAAAAAAGUCUCUGGGACCUGAUUUUCUUGAUCCAUCUGACCUGGGUUAUGGUUAUUUGAAAGAUACAUAUAAACCCAAAUGUUAUCUGUGUGAUUUUCCGAUCUCUUCAGGUCGGGAUGAGAAGUGUGUUACAUGCAAUAAAUGUAAUCUCAAAGUACACCGGCGAUGUCUAAUUCCUGAUGAUAAUGAUAAACUCAGUAUUUCCGAAGAAGACUGGCAAUGUGAGAAAUGUACAGCAGUAUGCUCUUUGUGCAAAUUGAACAAUGAAGCCGAGCCCACAAUUCAUUGUACUAUUUGUGAUACUCCGUAUCAUAUAAUUUGCAUCCAGCUUUAUAGUGACCAACCUAAACCUAAAAGACAAUGCUCAUGGGUUUGCAAAAAGUGUCUUGAUGUUGCAGGUGACAAAUUAAUAAUAAAUAAAGAACCAUCAAAAGAAAAUACGAGCAGCAAUAUUAGUAAUGCUCAUAUUAAAAGACUUAAUAUGACUAAUGGGAAAAGUCACUCAUUACUGGUUGCCACUGCUAAUGAAAAUAAUAGGGAACCUGAGGAUUUGCUUAUUGAUAACUCAUCAACAAUCGAGCUACCUGAUGAAUUAGAAACAUCGAUUAAAGGAAUAGAGCCAUCUAAAGCUGAAAUUGCCGAUUAUCAUGCCUUUGUCUCUGAUAGACUCGCUAAAAUGGUUAAGAGCCUAAGUAUGGACCCAGAUCCGAAAAAUUGGACAACAACGGACGUAGAAUCAUAUAUCAAAGAAAUAGGUUUUCCGGAUCAAGCACAUCUUUUCAAAGAACAGUUGAUUGACGGCCGUUCCCUUCUUCUUUUAAGACGAGUUGAUGUCGUCAAAGGACUAUCCAUGAAAUUAGGACCUGCUCUUAAAAUUUAUGCUCACAUUAACCAAUUACAAGAGAUUGAUAUUGUACCAGCUUUUAAUUCUUUAGAAUCAAGUCAACAAGCCGAUGAUAAUUUAAAUACAGUCUAAAUUUGGUCUAUCCUAUUACUCCUUUCUCAUCAUAUUCAUUACAUUUUUGUCAUCCAUUAACUCAUCCACUUUACUCUGUAAAAUAUCUCUUAAAUCAUGCAAAGAACAAUAAGCAAAACCAAUAAUUAAGAGUUAUUUUCAUCAUGUAACUAUGCCGCUCAUCAUCUUGAGUAUUUUUGAUGCUAUUAUAUUGUAUUGUAUUAGGGUAAUUGAAUCUUUAUUCAACACUUCUUCUUUUGGAAAAUAAACUCUUGAAAUUAUA